AUGCACUCGUCUCCCACCCAUGUUCAGCACCGCAGCGCGGAGAUCAUGGCUCCCAAUGCGAGCAACGCCGACGAGUGGGAUCGUCUGCGGCACCAAAUCUUGAGGCUCUACUCAGAUGAGGCGAGGCCACUUAAAGAAAUAGUGGAGAUAAUGCGGCUGAAAUAUAAUUUCCAUGCAACACCGAGGAUGUACAAGUAUCGCCUUCAAAAGUGGAGUUUAUGGAAGAAAUAUAAAGAGAAGGAAGUGGUUCACAUGUCUCUACUCAAGCAACAACGAGACAUUGCCGGAAAGCAAUCUGUCUUCUUUUUACAAGGUAGACGAGUCGAUUGGGGAGAUAUCGAACGAUAUCUACAUCGCAGGCCGGACCUGGAGAUGAAGAUCAAACUCGGAAUGCUCACAACUAGUACCUUAAACUCAAACAUAGUCUGUCGCUCGCCGUCGCCAGAUCCCAUUCUCCAUGCUUCCAGUGUUCAUCAAUCCACAGACGAGCUACUUCGACUUCUCCGCGGCUACUAUCACUCAGACCACCAUGAUAUCGCAAAGAGAUCUCACCCUGGUCACGCUGGCGACUAUUCUACCACUAUUCACUGCUACACAAGCCUAGCUCAAGCCCGCACCUUGAUCAUAGCCAACAACAUGAAACCAGGCUUCCAGGCUCUCAACAAGUCCCUCAAUUAUCUUAGGUCUAUCAUAGAGGAUCAAGAAGCUACUCUUCUUUUCUUUCUGUGCGAUGUUAUCGUCGUUUUUGAUCAGCGAUAUAAGGCCUUGAUAUUCGAAUUACUGCGGCAUAUACAUGAUACGCUAUCUGUCAUGUUUGGAGAUGGUCAUCCCUUAUGCUCACUCCUACAUCGCCUUAUUCGUCUAUCAGAAAAAGACAGACAUGAGGUUAUUGCAAUCAUCCUAAGGGCAGCUUUGGAUAACUUGAAAACCCUCAGUAUUAGUGACCACAUGGUCGAAAGACUCAACUGUCACUAUAUCUUGUUAUUAGAGCACAUGGGUAUCACGGGAAAAAUGACUAAAGAGUUGGUCCCAGAGAUAGAUGUGGAUACUAUGGGUGCAGCUGGUAUGUCCUAUCUCGGUAGGUUUGCUGAGAAGUUGAUCCUCAACCAUGACUUUGAAGAGGCAGACCGCAAAACUGAUAUAAUGCUCGCAUGGCUUGGGAGUCCGCUAAAUCAGCAGCAUGCAGCAUGGGCAGAUCUCCGACUUUUUUCCAACCGCCUUAAAGCGUAUAUCGAGUUCUCUAAGAGUAAUUAUGUAGUAGAUUAG